AUGUUCUAUGGUGGCGGUAAAGAGAGCACUAAAAGACAAAUUGUGAUUAAAGGAGUACACGAAGAGCAGUUCCGCAUACUCAUGGACUUCACUAAGACUCUUAAAUUACCUCUGAAUAGACAAAAUGUUCUGGGAAUCUUGGAGGCAGCUGACUUCCUUCAGCUGGAAAAGGCCAGACUACUUUGCUGUAAGUUCCUUGAGAGGGAGCUACACCUAAGCAACUGUUUGGGCAUGAUGGCAUAUGCUUGGCAGUUAGGCUGUCUAGGACUAUAUGCUGCAGCCAGAGAUGUGGCCCUCACCCACCUACCUGCCAUAGCAUCUGACGAAGACUUCCUGUAUCUCUCCAAGGAGAGCGUGGCAGAUCUGCUUGCUAGUGAUGACCUGUUCAUACCUAGAGAGGACUUGGCCUUUGAAGUGACUUUGCGCUGGGCGACCUUUGACCCCAGCAGGGAGGAUGACUUCAUGGAGCUGAUUGGACUAGUGCGUCCAGAGUCCCUGACUCUUCCCUACCUCACAGACCUGCUGACCCGGCUCAAAGGCUCUGACCCGAGAGCCAAGCUCAUCUGCAGACUCAACAACAACAUCCCCGCCAGCUGGACGGCUGGCCGCUCCAUGCCUCGGGGACGCUCAAGAGAAUCCCUGUUUAUGAUUGGUGGGCCACAUGACGUUGAUGCACAGCCACUGUACCAGUUCAACCCGCGUAGCAGCAGGUGGCAGUGCUGCGCUCCAAUGAAGAGAAAAAACCUCACCCAGUACUCAAUCGCAGCAGUAGAGGACAAUGUGGUGGUCACAGGGGGCUACUACCGUGAGAUCGGGUGGUACAGUGUGGACUGGGUGCUGAUGUACCAGUGCGGAAACCAGCGCUGGGUGGACGGACCGGCACUGCAGAAGUCCAGACACAGCCACUGCUCUGUCGGCAUGGGCAACAGGCUGUAUGUGCUGGGUGGCAGCAUGGACGACGGAGUUGUGGACAAUGUUGAGGUGCUUGUACUGGGGUCGGACGCCUGGGAGGAGGUCAGCCCCAUGGUGUGUGCGGUGGAGAGAGCGGCCGUGGUCACCAUGGGCUCCUGCAUCUACGUGGCUUGUGGACUGGAUGAGAACGGGGAGGUGUACAGUGGGAUUCAGCGCUACCAGAUGAAGACUGACCAAUGGGACGUCGUCUUGCAUUGCCCUCAUCCACGCUAUGACCUUCUGGCGACAGAGCUGAAUGGUGCUCUCUAUCUCUUCGGAGGACAGGCCUUGCGGCUGGACAUAGACACAGAUGAGUGGACCUUACUGGAGGAGGAGUGUCUGGAUAGGAGGUUUUUCACUGGAUGUGCCACGGCCAGUGGGCAAAUCUACCUAUUGGGUGAGCGAAGGCUGAGGAACAUUCCCAACAUGGUUCUCUUUGAUCCAUACAUUGACACUUGUAUUGAGAUAGAUGAUGCAAUACCCUGUCCAGUUCCUGUACACAUGGAUGUGUCUCCAUCCGUAUGAUAAACUACUAAAACACAAACCCAGAAUAGUUUUUCUGACUUUAGUGGCCUCUGGCAGAUUAUACUCAAAAAUGUUUUUAUCUUGUCAUGUCAUUUUACCACUCCUUUUUUGUACUGCACUGCACCAAGUUUUGGGCACAUAUUAAUGUAAAAAGAUGUCAAGUACUACUCAUACAAAGUUGAUGGUAAGGAUGUUGAAUAAUAUUUAAACCGUUAAUUUUUUGAUUCAUGAUUUGUUUAUUGUUCCAUUUCAUUAUACAUGCAUAAGAAAAGUAAAAUGGUGUGUUAUGACUUCUCCUGCAGCAAAAAAAAAAAAAAUAAGAGUAUAAUAUGUAAGCGCUUGUUGUGCUGAUGCUGUAGUUGAUAUAUCUGUGUAAGUGAUAGUGUUUGUAUGGGGGUGGGUGUUGGCAUGUUUGGUGUUUGUGUGUGUGUGUGAUCACAGACACAUAACAGGCUCUCAUUGUCCAUUGUUCAUUAGCCUUGUUGCUGCUACUGAGCCUGCAGGUCUGGGCCUUCUAUUAAAGUUAAGAAACAGCAUAGCUGUGCAUAUAUAGUAUGACUUUAUUUUGAAUUUAUUUAUUGAGUUUAUUGGUGUUGAUAAUCUACACAUUGUGACAUUAAAUAUGUGUUGUCUUCACAUUGAAAAUACGCUGAAUUAUAAUUUUCUGAAUGAUUUUUGAAUGAAAAUAAGGAGAUACAUUAAAGCUCACAAAUGCUAACCGUGUGGAACCGACCCAUGGUAUUUACUAGAACUUAAGACACUCAAAUGCAGAAAAUAGAAGUGAUAAUAAUCCAAGAAACUGAAAAUGCUGAAAUCAAUGGAUAUUUACAUUGCA